AUGUCGACCCGACGCCCAAUCCUCAUUUCCGGCGCAGGCCUUGCCUCCCUACUCCUUGCCCAGUCCCUUCGCCGUAGCGCCAUCCCUUUCCGCGUCUACGAGCGUGAUGCUUCUCUUGCAUUCCGCGGCCAGGGCUACCGGCUGCGUCUUUCCAACGAGGGCCUAGAUGCCAUCGAAUCCGUGCUGGGCCCCGAGGACUUUGCACGCUUCUACGACAAGUGCGGAAAGACGGGGGGCGCCGGGUUUACUGGCCUCGAUGCUAUCACUGGGGAGCAAACUGACGGCGUUGUAGGCGGGCCCCGGGAGCAGCUAGUAAGCCGGGGUGGAAAGACGGUAGGCAUCGCAAGAGGGGAGAUGCGUCAGCUCUUCUUCGAAGGAUUGGAGGACCACGUCGAGUUUCAGAAGCACGUCACGGCCUAUGAGCUUGUCGACGGGGGUGUCCGAGCGGUGUUCGCGGACGGGACCAAGUCGGAGGUAGGUGAGAUGCUGGUUGGCGGGGAAGGCAUCAAGUCUAGAGUGGCGAAGCAAGUCUCUGGCGGACGACUCGUGGUCUACGAUACCGGCGCACGAGGCAUUCACGGUCAGGCGCCGAUAAGCGCUUUCAAGGGUCUAGGCGAGGGUGUCUUUCGCAUUUCAGACCAGUCGAAAGGGAAAGACUCUCGUGUGAGCAUUAUCACAAAUGUGCGUCCGAACGAUGGAGACAACCCUGCUACCGAGUUUGGCUGGACCAUGGGGGGACCCCCAGGUGUAAUCAGGGCGCCCAAUGACGACUACAGCAUCGUGGGAAGCACAGCAGCAGACUUGGCCAAGAACCUCACAGCAGACUGGCACGAGAAAUUCCGGCCGUUGUUUGAACAAAUGAACACCAAGGAAGCCGCGUUCUGGAAGAUCACCUGCUCGACUCCUUCAGGGGUCCCAGAAUGGCCAAAUGAGCCUCGCGUGACGGUCAUUGGAGACGCGGCGCAUUCGAUGACACCAGCCGGCGGUAUUGGGGCCAACACUGCCGUACAAGACUCGGCGCUGCUGGGACGCUUGCUGAAGGAAGCAAAUGGAUGGAAGGGGGGAAUCACCGCUGAAUAUGAGAAGCGUAUGCGAGUAUAUGGCAGUGAGGCUGUUGCAAAGAGCUACGGGAUGGCUACCGACGGCUUUCAGAUUAAGAUUGUGCCGGGAGAGACUCCCACAGUAAUAUGA